AAAGCACCAGCAGGCGCAAGGCAAAGACCCCUGCGAGGCCCAGGGGGAGCGUGGAGAGCAGCCCCCGGUGCCUGGAGUGGGAGAGAAGCGGGAGGGAGGUCCUGGAGGACACAGGGAUCCUGGAGGACACAGGGAUCCUGGAGACCACCGUCACUGGCCACGAAAAGCGGGACAGAGAGCAGAAGGGGGGGCGUGGAGCCCACCACGGAGCCCCAGGAGGGCCCGGAGCCCACCCCCACUGCCUGUGUGGGGCAGAGCCGGGGCGGCCCCGGGCUCCCGGAUCUCCUGGGGGUCCCGGAGCCCGCGGGGGUCCCGGUCCCCAAGGAGCACGUGGCCGAGGAGAGCGCGGUGAUCUCCCUGGACGAGGACGAGGAGGAGGAGGAGGAGGAGCGGGACGAAGGCCCGGGGCGGUACCUGGCGGCGCUGGAGGCCGUGCAGCUGGAGCUGGAGGCCGUGGAGGAGGAGGCUGCUCGAGCCUUUCGCCGCCUCCGCGCCCGCUUCUGCCUCCGCCGCCGGCCGCACCUGCAGCACCGCAACCGCCUCAUCCAGCACAUCCCCGGCUUCUGGGUCACUGCUUUCCUGAACCACCCGCAGCUCUCGGCCAUGAUCAGCGACCGCGACGAGGACGCGCUGAGCUACAUGACGAGCCUGCAGGUGGAGGAGUUUGGCCAGAGCCGCCCCGGGUGCCGCAUCCGCUUCUUCUUCAGCGUCAACCCCUAUUUCCAGAACGACGUCGUGGCCAAGGAGUUCGUGCGCAGCCCCUCGGGUCACCUCGUGUCCCACUCGACCCCGAUCCGGUGGUGGCAGGGCCAGGACCCCCGGUCCCGCUCCCACAAGGGCCCCCCGGCCCCCCGAAGCUUCUUCGCGUGGUUUGGGGAUCACAGCUUCCCUGCGGGGGACCGUGUGGCCGAGAUCAUCAAGGAGGAGCUUUGGCCCAACCCGCUCCAGUUCUACCUGCUGGGGGAGGGCGCCGAGGGCCCCCCUGACAGCGAGAGCGGCGAGGACUGCGUGGUGAUCCUGGAUGACGAUGAGGAUGUGCAGGAGAUCCCGGAUGACGGCGAUGGCAGUGGCGUGGAAGAGAUCCCGACUGAGGAGCCCCCCAACCCCCCCGUGGGACAGAAGGACCCCAGCAGGGGCAGAAUUUAAUUGGGGGGGGGGAUUUGGGGGUGCUGCACAUCUCCACCCCCCACUCCCCCCCUCAGCAUUGCGGGUAACGAGGGGCUGGGGGCCCCCAACACAGCUCAGGGUGUUUGAAGGCCUUUCACCCCCCCCUUCCCCCCCAAACCUUUCAGGAGCCCCCCCCCUCCAGGGACCUGGGGGGUGGGGGGGGUCCCCCUAAAUCCUUUCCCCCCCCCUCACCACACACAAGGGGAGAAACACAACCAUUUCCUGACCAUUUUUGUACAUGUUGGGUUAAAAAACUUGUAAAAUUUCCUUUUUAUAUCUAAAAAUAUAUUAUAAUAAAGAGAAAGUUUUAAGAGAU